AUGCUCUUCCAGGGCCUGUCCCCUCCGGGGUCCUCACCCUCAGGACCGCAAUGUCCGGCCGAGCCAGGACUCGAGCUCGAGGCAGAGCCCGUGGUCGGUUCCCCUCCCAACCCGCGCCACCUGGAGCCGCAGCGCCACCUGGAGCCGCAGCGCCACCUGGAGCCGCAGCGCCACCUGGAGCCGCAGCGCCGCCAACCCAGCAAACCAGCCGAAUUCCACCUAGCCCGUGGCCACUGCAACCGGAAAGCCAAGUGGUUAAGCCUGCACAACGAAGAAGACCGAGAAGAGCAUCUCGGCCUCCAGGUGACAAUGGGGAAAGAGAGGGUUAUGGUGGAAGGGUAUCCUUAUGCAAAGGAACUUCAGCUGGCGACUAGACUGCAGGCAACCUCACUGAAGGAGAGAAAGCGUUUUGGGGGCAUUUUUCGAGACCAUGUGGUGGAUACCCGACAGUACUUGGAACAUGUUAGAGAGUCCACAACAGGCACGCUGGGUAGACCUGUAAAGCUAUUCACAAACCAUUUCCGAGUGACGUCCCGCCCCCAGCAGGUCACAUAUAAGUACAACAUUGACUACCUGCCAGACAUCGAGGAUGGAAAAGUUCGUUCAGAAUUGCUUUUGCAGCAUAAAGCAUUUAUCGGAGAGUGCCAUAUAUUUGAUGGGAGCUCUUUAUUAUUACCUCACAAGCUACUGUUGCCGAAAACGGAAUUGGUCAGCCUACUGAAAAACCAGGUUGUGAAGCUGACCAUUGAAUUCAUCAGCGAACUCUCACCCAACUCACCGGACUGCUUACGCUAUUACAACAUUCUCUUUAGAAGAAUUUUGAAGCAGAUGAAUUUGAAGCAAGUUGGUCGCAACUAUUAUAACAAGCAAGAGGCCACUGAGUUCUUCGAUCACAAGCUGGUCAUCUGGCCUGGAUACGUUACUUCUAUUCUUGAGUAUGAAACCAGCAUUACCCUCUGUGCUGAUGUGAACCAUAAACUGCUCCGAAUGCAAACAGCUUAUGAUUUAAUAACAGGUCUUCGUGAUCCACAAACCAAAAAGGAAGAUGUUGAGCAAGUUUCUAAAGAAUUAAUCGGGUCAAUUGUUUUUACACUGUAUAACAACAAAACCUAUAGGGUGGAUGCUAUUAAUUGGGAGGAUAAUCCCAGAACCAAAUUUAAGAAAUCAGGUGGUGCUGAGAUCACCUUUGUAGACUACUACAGGGAGCAGUAUAAUACAGAGGUUACCGACCUAACUCAGCCACUGUUGAUCAGCAAAGGCAAAUGGAAAAAGAGCCAACAGGACACACCCCAUAAGCCUAUAAUGCUGGUUCCUGAGCUAUGCUACCUGACAGGUCUAUCAGAUAAAAUGCGAAAAGACUACAGGGUGAUGAGAGACUUGGCUCUUCAUAUGAGGUUGGAUCCAGAAAAAAGGCAGCACGAAUUACGGAAACUGAUGAAUACUAUACAAACAAAUAGGGAGGUACAACGGGAACUUCAACUCUGGGAUUUGAAAUUUGAUACCAACUUCAUGUCCUUCUCGGGAAGGAUCUUGAAAGAAGUAAGAAUUUUUCAAGGAAGAAGAGCGUUUGACUCCCAUCCACAGUUUGCAGAUUGGUCGAGAGAGACCAGAAGUGGACCCUUACUCAAUGUGAAGUCACUAGAUCAUUGGCUAAUACUCUAUCCUACGAGAAAUUAUGGAGCGGCCUCGUCCUUAGUACAGAGUCUACGGAAAGUCACACCCACCAUGGGCAUAGCUAUGAGAGAGGCAAAAAUGCUUGAAGUAAGUGAUACAGUCCAGUCCUAUACAACUGUCUUAGAAAAUCAUGUUUCCUCCAAAACACAGAUGGUCCUUUGCGUGCUGUCCAGUGAAAAGAAAGACCUGUAUGAUGGCAUAAAACAAUACCUGUGUGUCAAUUGUCCGACCCCAAGCCAGUGUGUCGUGGCACGGACCUUAGACAAACCCCAGACGCUGAUGACCAUUGCGACAAAGAUUGCCCAGCAGAUGAACUGCAAGAUGGGAGGAGCCCUCUGGAAGGUGGAGACAGGAUUACAGAAUGCGAUGUUCAUUGGUAUCGACUGUUUCCAUGAUAUUGUAAAUCGGCGGAAGUCAAUUGCAGGCUUCGUGUCCAGCAUCAAUCAAGAAUUGACGCAGUGGUUCUCUCAGUGCAUUUUCCAGGAGUCGGGUCAAGAGCUUGUGAACGGGCUUAAAACCUGCUUGGAAGCUGCCCUGAAGCUCUGGUGUAAACAUAAUCAGUUUCUACCACAAGCUAUCAUUGUGUAUCGGGAUGGAGUUGGGGAUGGUCAGCUUCAAGCACUGAUGGAUCAUGAAGUCCCACAGAUUGAGUCCUCCUUAAGAUCUGUGUACCCUAAAGACUCUGGGGUCAAACUAACUUUCAUUGUGGUGAAGAAACGAAUAAACACCAGAUUUUUUGUGGAGUCUCAAGGAAGACUUCAAAACCCACUUCCAGGAACAGUUAUUGAUGUGGAGGUGACCAAGAGGCAAUGGUAUGAUUUCUUUAUCGUGAGUCAGUCUGUGAAAGACGGUACUGUCACUCCCACUCAUUAUAAUGUCAUCCACGACACGGUUUGCUUCACCCCAGAUAGGAUACAGUAUCUCACUUACAGACUAUGCCACAUGUAUUAUAAUUUGCCGGGUGUCAUUCGAGUUCCUGCUCCUUGUCACUAUGCCCACAAACUGGCUUACCUUGUGGGCCAGAGUAUUCACCAAGAACCACACCAUUCCCUGGCAAGCCGUCUCUUUUACCUGUGACUAAGAGAAGAAAGCCUGAUGACAUGUUGAAAACCAGCAUUUGUAAAUUUUUUCUUUUUAAGCUGUACUUCUGAAAUGCCUUCCUAGAUGCAUAGUUAUAUAUAUGUAUAUAUAAAAUUUUGAGAGAGAGAGAAUGAACAAACUGGGAGGGGCAGAGAGUGAGGGGGGAUCAGAUAGAAUCCCAAGCAGGCUCCACUCUUAGCCUGGAGCCCAAUAUGCGGCUUCAUCUUAUAACCCCAUGAUCAUGACCUGAGCGGAAAUCAAGAGUUGGACGUUCAACUGACUGAGCCACCCAGGUACCCCAAGAUGCAUAGUUUUAAAUUCUAAUCAUUCUUGAUAGCACAUGGAGAUUCAGAGUGGUGUGUGCUUUUGUCACUACUACCACUGACUUAACAUAACCCUUCUAGUUUCCAAGCAGGAAAAUGGACCACGAGGGCUGUGUCUUUCAACUCAACCUUUGAAAUGUGUUACCAUGACUAUGAUUGACAACACUUGAACAUGUGGCACUUUGAGCAAGCUACUCCACUCAUCGUUGAGAUUGGGCAUUAGUCUCAUGAACAAGUAGACUGGAAAAAUGACAUCUUUUUUUGAAAAAUGACAUCUUUAUGAAACUUCAUGUUUAAAGGGACAGCGAUGCUCUAAAAGGCAAAAUGAAAUGAUUUAUUUGCUACCUAAAACUUUGUAGGAAAGGAAUAACCUAUGUAUGUAGUAUUGAUUAUUCUUCAGGGUAGGGUGGAAAUUUGAACGUUAUCUUCGGUGGAGCUGUAAUAAGGAGAGCCUUGCAGUUUAAGAAUUGGCAGUUCUUGGAACACUGAAAUUUCACUUUUUCUACAAAGAAGGGAAAUGUAGAGUUCUAUUAGCACUUCUGUUUCAUUCAUUCUCUUGUGUGUGUUCCAAAUGUGACAUUACUGUUAGCAGUGCCAUAAUCAGAAGAGUCUUGAAUAAUUUGUUAAAAUGCAGCUGUUAUGUUUUCUGAAAACUGAUACUUUUUUUUCCCCCUCUCUUUUUAAAACUAUCUUUAAAUAGAUUCAGGAAACAAGAUAUAAACCUUUGUUUUCUUACACUCCCAGAUAAAAUAGUAUUUUGGUGACUGGCAGGGAGUAGAUCAGCUUCAGGGAUCCCAAAAAGGGUAUGUUUAUAAACAGUAUAAUUGCUUUGAUAAGUCAGUCAAUUUAGGUUUGCAAUUUGAACUAGCCUUAUGAGAAAUAAAAACAAGUCAUUUAAAAACAUAAUGUAAUCCAGGUAACUUCUUAACUACCAGAACUGGCCUCAUAAUGAUAAAUGGAAUACUGAUGGAUCCGUAAUUAAAGAUAAGGCAACAUGUUCUUUUCUGAUGGUAGAAUUUAACUUGUGAUAAUAUAUUCCUAGAGAUCUAUAAAGAAAUAGGAAGGAACAAAUUCGGGACACCGGAGUGGCUCAGUGGUGGAGUGUCUGCCGUUGGCUCAGGGUGUA